AGAGGGAGACGGUGGCUAUCGCCGAUGUUUAAACUGUUUUCAUGGUAAAAUCAUAAUUCUUCUAGUUCAAAAAACGAGUUAGCAGUGGCAAGAUGUCGGCCCAGGCUCAGAUGAGAGCUCUGUUGGAUCAGCUGAUGGGAACGUCGAGGGAUGGUUCAGUGUAUCUUUGCCAGCCUACAUCUGCAAGGGAGUUGCAGAAAAUCCUCAUGUUCAUCGAGCCGCGAUGAAUCGAGACAGCGAGUUAAAUUCACAGACGAACGCGUCUGCAAAUCUCACCUACUUGACUGCUGCCCAAAUGACAUCCUCUCUGGAACGCGUAUGGACCUUGGCGAAUGCUCUAAGAUACACGACCUGGCGCUGAGAGCAGAUUAUGAGAUCGCCUCUAAAGAGAGAGAUCUGUUCUUUGAGCUGGACGCGGUCGAUCACCUGGAGUCUUUUAUCGCUGAUUGUGACCGCAGGACUGAGUUGGCAAAGAAACGCCUUGCCGAGACACAAGAAGAGAUUAGCGCUGAGGUCGCUGCAAAGGCAGAGAAAGUUCACGAGUUAAACGAGGAGAUCGGGAAACUCCUGGCUAAAGCCGAACAGCUCGGUGCAGAAGGAAAUGUGGACGAGGCACAAAAACUUCUGCAGGAGGUGGAGAAAGUCAGAACUAGGAAGAAGGAUGCAGAGGAGGAGUACAGGAACUCCAUGCCCGCCUCCAGUUUCCAGCAGCAGAAGUUGCGUGUUUGCGAGGUGUGCUCCGCUUACCUGGGUCUUCACGACAAUGAUCGACGGCUUGCUGACCACUUCGGUGGCAAACUUCACCUGGGCUUCAUCCAGAUCAGAGAGAAGCUGGAACAACUGAAGAAAACUGUGCAGGAGAAACAGGAGAAACGAAACCAGGAGCGUCUGCGAAGAAGAGAAGAAAGAGAAAAAGAGGAGAAAAUGAAAAAGAAGACGAGGUCACGCAGCCGAGAACGGAAAAGGUCUCGUUCCCGUGAGCGCGAUCGAGAGCGCAGACGCAGGCGUUCCCGCUCCGCAUCGAAGGAGCGCCGCAGGUCCCGCUCUCGCUCCAGAGACCGCGAGAGACGCCGAAGGCACAGAUCUCGCUCCAGAUCUCGAUCACGCCACAGCCGAGAGCAUUCACACAAAUCUUCACGGGACCGCGAUCGUGAGAGGGACAGCAAGCACGGUUCAUCGGAGCGGAGGUCGGAUGGGCUUAACGGCAGGACAGAUUCUCGCCGCCAUGAUGACAGAGAGGCCGGAGAGAUCUGAUUCAUCUCAUUCUAUUACUACAAACACUCGUUGCUCGCUAAUGUUAAACACGUUUUUAUUUAUCACACUGAGCUUUGUCUGUAGAAAACUGCCCAUGUUAUUUUUCCUCAAAAUCAUUGUUGUCUUUGAUAUUGCGGUCCAAUGAGAUUUAGUCUGACUGUACAGUGAAUGAAGUGUUGUGUGACUGGAUUGAGUUUUUGUUUUUCUGUAUGCACAACUACUUUUUUUUGGGUUUUCAUUUUCUGACCGUUUGUCCUGAAUGGAUGUGGGCAUGUUUUGCAGGUCCCGCUUUUUAGUUUUUAACCACCAUCAGAACACAGCGUUCAGUGCCCUGUCCUUGAAUAUAGCUGCAGUAUUUCCCUUACAGAGAGACUGACCUAACACAAGUAGAAAUGUAACAAAUAUAAAGAGAUCUUUCACUGCAUUUUGUUUCAGAUUUCCAAUGUCUUUUCUAAUGCUGUUUUGAGUCAUGUUGUCCAAAGUGCAUUAAAUGGUUUUAUGAAUUAAAA